AGGGCGGGCGGGGCUAAUUUCAAAACCAAGAGCCAAGAUGGCGGAGAGAGGAUCGCUGAGGAAUCGGAAUAGGCUGGGUUCGAACAGAAGCUGGAAAAUGAAUCACGUUGACGAGCCAGAGGAAGAUCAUGUGGAAGACCUCCAGCUUAAUUCUGAGAGUGAUGCUGAGGUGGUGGACAAACCUCGCCCGAUCCAGGUUGUCCUGGCCCAUGAAGACGACCAUAACUUUGAGCUAGAUGAAAAGGCCCUGGAGAGCAUUUUGAUGCAGGAUCACAUACGGGAUCUGAAUGUUGUCGUUGUGUCUGUAGCUGGUGCUUUUCGGAAAGGGAAAUCUUUCUUGCUUGAUUUUAUGCUCCGGUUUAUGUACAGUCAGAACUGCACAAAAUGGAUUGGUGGAAGUCAGGAGCCAUUGACUGGUUUCACUUGGCGGGGAGGAUGUGAACGGGAGACCACCGGCAUUCAGAUUUGGAGCGAAGUUUUUGUUAUUGAAAAACCCGAUGAAACAAAGGUCGCCGUUAUUCUCGUGGACACUCAGGGAGCCUUUGACAGUCAGUCAACGAUUAAAGAUUGUGCAACGGUUUUUGCUUUAAGCACAAUGACCAGUUCUGUCCAGGUUUAUAAUUUGUCACAGAACAUCCAAGAAGAUGAUCUUCAGCAUUUACAGCUUUUUACAGAAUAUGGACGUCUUGCAAUGGAAGAAAUCUACGAAAAGCCCUUUCAGACCCUUAUGUUUUUAAUCCGAGACUGGAGCUAUCCGUAUGAACACUCAUAUGGUUUAGAGGGUGGUAAACUGUUUUUGGAAAAACGGUUGCAGGUAAAACAGAACCAGCACGAGGAGCUGCAGAAUGUCAGGAAGCAUAUACACUCUUGUUUUACCAACAUUGGCUGCUUUCUUUUGCCUCAUCCUGGUCUUAAAGUGGCAACCAAUCCUUAUUUUGAUGGUAGACUAGUAGACAUAGAUGACGAGUUCAAGAAGGAACUUCAAAAUCUGGUCCCUUUGCUGCUUGCUCCUGGGAACUUGGUGGAAAAGGAAAUUGGGGGUUCUAAGGUGACUUGUCGGGAUCUCCUUGAAUAUUUCAAAGCAUACAUCAAAAUCUACCAAGGAGAGGAGCUUCCCCACCCCAAGUCUAUGCUGCAGGCAACGGCAGAAGCCAAUAACCUUGCAGCUGUUGCUGGAGCUAAAGACACAUACAGCAAACACAUGGAGCAGAUAUGUGGAGGAGACAAGCCAUACAUUGCCCCGGCGGACCUUGAAAGAAAGCACUUGGAUGUGAAGGAAAGCUGUAUCAAGCAGUUCCGCUCAGUGAAGAAGAUGGGCGGAGAGGAGUUCUGCCACCGAUACCAGGAACAGCUGGAGGCAGAGAUAGAUGAAACCUAUGCAAACUUCAUGAAACACAAUGAUGGCAAAAAUAUCUUCUUUGCUGCUCGCACUCCUGCCACCUUGUUUGCCGUUAUGUUUGCCAUGUACAUUAUCUCAGGGCUGACUGGUUUCAUUGGCCUGAACUCUAUAGCAAACAUUUGUAACCUGAUCAUGGGAUUAGCACUACUGUCCUUCUGCACCUGGGCUUAUGUGAAGUACUCUGGAGAGUUUCGGGAUUUAGGAACCUUAAUAGAUCAAUUUGCUGAAAUAAUUUGGGAACAGGUGUUGAAGCCAUUGAGUGAUACCUUCAUGGAGGAUAAUAUAAGACAAACUGUGACAAACUCGAUCAAGGCAGGUCUUACAGAGCAAGUGACUCAAGCUUCGCGGCUCAAGACACACUGACAAUCCAUCACUUGACUGCAUCCUUCCCUGUCCUGUGCUUGUUUUGUACAAUGAGAACUGUGUAAGAUGAAUACAAAAUAAACCAAAGUUUACAAUUACCAGUAAAGGUGUAGUCGGAAGUGGCACAUCAUAUUACAGCCGUCAAUCUCUUUCCCUAGCGGACAAACUAUACAGUUGUUAGUACAGUCUAGAAGCUGCUUUGCCCCCUCAGUGACAAAUACCGGUUGUGGAAUGGUCGCCCACUAGCACAGGGGUGCACAACCUUUCGCGUUUUCAUCCCAGGUGGUGGUCCUGUCAUUUGUUUGGUCCUCUUGCCCAGGACCUUGGCCCACUAAUCCUUGGGGCGUUCCGGCUUAUAAGGUUGAGCACCACUGGCCUAUUUCAGAGGAUGAAUUUGACAUUCUUGGAAAUGAUGUGUUUCGUAGAAUUAAAUUAUAUUUUAAAUAAUGAAUGUAGUGUUCGUUCACAAUUUUAAUAUUUAUAUUCCGUUAUAUUAAGAAUGUCAUCUAUGAUGGACAGUUACGCUCGAAAUAAAUGUCGAUUCACUGCCUUUUUUCUUUUAAAUGUUCCCUUGAGUUCAAUGUGUCCAUAGAAAUGGCUUGUUGUAUGGAAGGAUUUUUUUUAAACUAAAAAUAAAUGCCUUUUUUUUUUCUUUUUUUUUAUCCGCAAACCUGCCA